UUUUAUUGAUGAUUUAUUAAUUUCAUUCAUUCAUUUUGAAACACGUUGUACAUAAAUAAGGUUUGCAAUAACGCUACAUUUUUUAAGGAUGAAGUCAGAUGAAUAUAUAUCAUAUUUCGCUACAUAUUUCCAUAUCGGAAAAGUUAUUUUUGUGCAUACGACUGUUUCCACUAAUUAUGUAAAACAUGACACUUGGACAGUUUAUCAUGUAGAGAUUAGAAGCACAAAAGAUAAGAUUGUUCAGUAAAUGAACGUAUCUAUUUAUUUACACAUCCUGUCCAUCGACGCCACUGUUCAAUCUUUCAUAACGUAUCAUUCAUUCCGCAAUUUUUUUCUAUUACCAUCAAAAUAUCGUUUUUCACAACGUUUGUAAAGCUACAGCCACAUAUUUUAUUUCUCCGUCUCAGCUAUUUAAUCAAGCAUAAGUACAUAAUGGAGACCCUGGAAAAGGCAGGAAACGGCCUCCAAGUGUACACAAUGCCCAACGCUAAUUUUUUCUCGAUUGAGUCUGUGGUCAAUGGUUCGCAACUUGGAACCACAAUUCCUGGAAGGAUAUCAGAAGGCAGUUUAGUUGUACCGGUCACAGCGAACCCGGCCAAGCUCACCUGGUCCGCAGACUAUUGCGGAAUUCCAGAAAUAGACAAAAUGGAUGAAAAAGGGUUUAUCUUGCGUAACACGAGGAAAAAUACUAUCCGUCGGGUCAGCGACACCAUGGAUUUGGUGCUAUGUGAGGACAAACGUACGGGACGGAUUUGCCUGCAAAAGUCACCAGAGGACGCUAAGUCAACCAAUUCUCUCCAAAAACUGGAUUUUGAUAGAGCUCACAAAUACUUUGAGUGGCUUCCUGUCCGAGUGAUUAAUGGGAAUGGGGCAUUUCUGCUCAAAAACUUGGCCAGUGGAAAAUGUCUGCAAAAUAUGGGGGUCGGAGCAGAACUUGCGUUAUCUUCGCAGGACAUGGAAAACAAAUCUCAGUGGUGGCACAUUAUUAAUACCGACUCUUCUGUACACUUUGAUGACUUAAAAAAUGCAGGGAACCCCAAUCAAGUUAGAAAUGUAGGUCGACCUAAAUUUUAUUGUGGUGAUGAAGACGACAAUUAGUUUGAGUGAACUAUCUACUUAAUCCAAAGUAUGCACCGUUUCUUUUUGAUAUUAUGUGUACCUAAAUAUGCAUACAUACUUACUUACAUAGGUAUUAUGCAUGUCGAUAAUAAAUAAUCAAUUUAUGAUAUUUAUACUUAA